AACGACGUUGUCCUGUAGUGUUUCACGAUCAGGGCCAUCUUUGGUCGUCCUCGCCGGUGACAGUGUGGACGAUAUAUUCCAUUGGCCAUUAAUAUCUGAUGAAAAAUAAAUAUAAUUUAACUUUGAAGAACCUUUUAAAAGUAGCUGGCCUCACAAAGGGAAAAUACCCCCCUUGCGCUUUGAUCUACUUUAUUCUUUCCUUAAGUACCCUUCAAUUCUCAAGGAAAAAAAAAGAGGGCGAGACGGGAGAGACGGUGAUACAACAUGGAUGAGGAAUAUGAUGUGAUCGUUUUGGGCACUGGACUUACAGAAUGCAUUCUGUCGGGGAUCAUGUCUGUGAAUGGGAAGAAGGUGCUUCAUAUGGACAGGAACCCUUACUAUGGAGGGGAGAGUUCUUCCAUCACACCCCUUGAGGAGCUGUACAAGCGCUUUAGUCUCCCAGAUAGUCCGCCUGAGUCAAUGGGCAGAGGAAGAGACUGGAAUGUUGAUCUAAUUCCCAAGUUUCUAAUGGCCAAUGGUCAACUUGUGAAGAUGCUGCUAUACACAGAAGUGACAAGAUACCUUGACUUUAAAGUCGUGGAGGGAAGUUUUGUCUACAAAGGAGGAAAGAUCUAUAAGGUGCCCUCAACUGAGACUGAGGCGCUGGCUUCAAAUCUGAUGGGAAUGUUUGAGAAGCGAAGGUUUCGUAAGUUUUUAGUCUUUGUGGCAAACUUUGAUGAGAACGACCCCAAGACUUUUGAGGGUGUUGACCCUAAAACCACCACAAUGAGGGAUGUUUACAAGAAAUUUGACCUCGGUCAGGAUGUCAUAGAUUUCACUGGCCACGCUUUGGCCCUCUACAGGACAGAUGACUAUCUUGAUGUUCCCUGUUUGGAGACGAUCAACCGUAUCAAACUGUACAGUGAAUCAUUGGCACGCUAUGGAAAGAGCCCCUACCUUUACCCCCUGUAUGGGCUGGGAGAACUGCCACAGGGUUUUGCCAGGUUGAGUGCAAUCUAUGGAGGAACCUACAUGCUGAACAAACCAGUUGAAGAGAUAGUGAUGGAGGGUGGCAAAGUAAUUGGAGUGAAGUCUGAGGGUGAGGUGGCUCGCUGCAAGCAGCUCAUAUGUGAUCCCAGUUACAUCCCGGACCGUGUCCGCAAGGCGGGUCAGGUGAUCCGUGUGAUCUGCAUCCUCAGCCAUCCCAUCAAAAACACUAAUGACUCCAACUCCUGCCAGAUCAUCAUCCCCCAGAAUCAGGUCAACCGUAACUCAGAUAUCUAUGUGUGCAUGAUCUCUUACGCUCACAAUGUGGCGGCCCAGGGGAAAUAUAUUGCCAUCGUCAGCACCACAGUGGAAACCAGCGAACCUGAGACUGAGAUCGAGCCCGCUCUCGAGUUGCUGGAGCCUAUUGACCAAAAGUUUGUGGCUAUUAGUGACCUCUAUGAGCCCACAGAUGAUGGAACUGAGAGCCAGGUCUUUGCAUCAAGCUCCUACGAUGCUACAACUCACUUUGAGACCACUUGCAACGACAUCAAGGACAUCUACAAGCGCAUGACCGGGACCGACUUUGACUUUGAGAACAUGAAACGCAAACAGAACGAUGUUUUUGGGGAAGAUGAGCAGUGAGGGUAGAGGGGCUUCUGAGAGAGGGCAGGGGAAAAAGGAAAUGGGAGCGAAAAAAAUGGCUGAGAGACUGCAGGUCCUGUAAUAGACUGAACAGACUGAACAGUACUUUUAAAACAAACAGGUGGGGUGGGCGGAUAGGAGGGAAGUGUAAGCCCGUUGGAUAAAGGUGUGUGUGUGUGUGUUUGUGUGUGGGCUCUGCCUCUCUUCAGCUGUUUGC